AUGGCAGCAUCAGCAACGGUUCUUCUCAACACGAGCUGUGGCAUGGCUGUCGGUCAUUCUGCCGUUUUAUUACCACAACUUAUGUCGGAAGACUCUGAAAUUCCAAUAACAAAAAGCGAAUCAACAUGGAUAGCGAGCUUAUUGGUUCUACCAUUGAUUGUCGGUUGUCUUUCAAGCGGGUAUCUAAUGGAUUUUCUCGGGCGGAAACGAUCACUUUUUUUAUUAUCAAUACCAUUUGCCAUGGGUUGGAUGAUAUUAGCAAUUGCUCCUAAUCUUUUAACCCUAUACGCGGCGAGAUUACUAAAAGGUUAUUGUCUCGGUGUUUCCAUUCCAUUAAUUCAAAUUUAUUUGGCGGAAACUACGCAACCAGAUCAGAGAGGAGUUUUCCUUUCCGCUUCCGCUUUAUCCGUAUCGAUAGGAAUAUUAUUAUGUCACCUAUUGGGAACAUUUAUAUUUUGGAGAACGGCAAGUUGGAUAAGUUCUCUACUACCCGUCCUAUCCGUACUCAUAUGUUUAUGCGUUAAAGAUCUCCGACAAGCGGAAGAAUCGUAUAAAUGGUUUAGGGGUGACACGGAGGAAGCGAUGAAAGGUUUCAACGAUUUAUUAAACCUUCAACAAAUAUCUAACGAAACAACGGAAAACGUAUCGAAAUUUAAAUUGAUGAAAAAGGAAAAUUUUUACAAACCUUUUCUCAUAUUGAAUUUUUUUUUCUUCAUACAACAAUUUAGCGGUGUCAACGCGGUGACGUUUUAUAGCGUUAAAAUAUUAAAAAAUAUACUCACGACAAUGGACGAAUAUUUUUCCACGAUGAUAAUCGAUGUCGUACGGUUGGCAUCAUCCAUAUUUUCCAUUUUCCUACUUAAAAGAUACGGUAGCCGGAAAAUAAGUUUGAUAAGCGUCAUAGGUACUUCUUUAAGUUUAUUCCUAUUGGCUAUUUGCCUCGGUUCUGCAGAUACCGACAUUAUCGAUGACGUCAUCAACAACAGUACGGAAUACCUAAAUAGAACAAACGAUAUGACAACGGAAUCGACAUCACCGGAACCUGUCGGUAUCACAUCUUACAUCCUACGUUACCUUCCACUUUUUUUCAUGAUAUUAUAUAUAACUCUCGUGACGAUUGGUUUGGUACCUCUACCAUGGGUACUCACAGGUGAAAUAUUUGGAAAAGAAAUGCGAGGAAUCGGAAGUGGCGUAUCCACGAGUUUUGCCUUUUGCUGUUUCUUUUUAGUUAUUAAAUUGAGUCCGGAUUUUUUCGAUACUUUUCACGAUUAUGGUACUUUUGGAUUUUUCGGAGUUAUUACCGCCAUUGGUAGUUUUGUUCUUUGGAAAUAUUUACCGGAAACAAAAGAUAAAACGUUAGAGGAAAUACAAUUAUUUUUCAGUAAGAAAAGUUAA